UUUCUUUAUUUAGCGCCAACCGGAAGCAUUCCUCAGAAAUAUUAUCUGUUAUUUUUCAAGUUCAACUAUUUCAGUUAGUUUUGUGGACGUGGAGGACUAUGAUUGGUCCACUCUCCCCAUCCUCUUAAAAAAUUCGAUUUCUCCCAUUUCUUUAGGUUUUCUCCUCUCCCUUCCCUCUCGUUUCGCUAUCCCUUUCUUGUUCGCUCGACGGUCGGUAGUUUCUCCCGGAUAAUUUUUAUCUUUCCGAUAAGAUUACCGACCGUUGCUACUCUAUCUUUCUUUGAAUUUUUGAAGUUUUCCGAUCGAUUAUCGCCGUUGACCUCAUUUCUCUGUUCACUUUUGGUGAUUAAUUUGCUCGCGCUCGCACGAUUUGGGUUUAACUCUCAAUAUUUUGAAUAAUCUCUCUCUGAGGGCGUAGAAUCUAUGUUCAAGAUUUUUCAAUAGGGAAAAAAAAAAAAAUUAAGGAGAGAUUCAACGCUGAAGAAGAAGCGAUAUUUCAGGUGUUAUCUGAGAUUGUGAAAACCAUCGGGAAGAAAUGACUAGUCAAGGCGGUUCUUCGAGAAGAAGUCUGUCCUUAACGAACAUAUCGUCUCAGGGCAAGAAGAAAACCCAUGAGAACGGAAGCUCGGAUGCACCGCGGAAGUCUCUUUCAUCCUCUCGUUCAUUACAACUCACUGGUGAGCGUACGGUAAAACGAUUGCGGCUGUCAAGAGCACUGACAGUUCCUGAAAGUACUACUGUCUCUGAGGCUUGUCGUCGGAUGGCUGCUCGUAGAGUUGAUGCUUUGUUACUGACUGAUUCAAAUGCUUUACUUUGCGGUAUCCUCACAGACAAGGAUAUAGCAACAAGGGUUGUUGCUUGUGGCAUUAAUCUUGAUGAAACACCUGUAUCCAAAGUUAUGACGAGGAAUCCAGUUUUUGUUCUUUCUGAUACCCUAGCCGUGGAAGCCCUCCAGAAGAUGGUUCAAGGAAAAUUUAGACAUUUGCCUGUAGUUGAGAACGGGGAGGUCAUUGCAUUACUUGAUAUUGCAAAAUGUUUAUAUGAUGCUAUUGCACGAAUGGAAAGAGCAGCUGAAAAAGGAAAGGCUAUUGCUGCAGCAGUUGAAGGUGUUGAAAAAAGUUGGGGAACCUCUGUUUCUGGUCCUAAUACAUUUAUCGAGACACUUCGAGAGCGUAUGUUCAGACCAUCUCUGUCUACUAUAAUCCCAGAGAAUUUAAAGAUUGUUACAGUUCCACCAACAGAAACAGUUUUGAUGGCCACGAAAAAGAUGCUAGAACUUCGAGUGAGUUCUGCAGUUGUGACAGUUGAUAACAAGCCACAAGGAAUUCUCACGUCAAAGGAUAUUUUGAUGCGAUUAAUAGCGCAAAAUCUUCCACCAGAAUCCACACUUGUGGAGAAGGUCAUGACUCCAAAUCCUGAAUGUGCAUCAAUUGAUACACCAAUAGUUGACGCUCUGCACACUAUGCAUGAUGGAAAAUUUUUGCAUCUUCCAGUGGUAGAUAGAGAUGGAAAUGUUGUUGCUGUAGUUGAUGUAAUACAUAUCACCCAUGCUGCUGUUGCUACGGUUGGAAAUGCAUCUGGAGUUAGCAACGAGGCUGCAAGUUCCAUGAUGCAGAAAUUUUGGGAUUCUGCCAUGGCCUUAUCACCAAAUGAUGAUGACGAUGAAUUGCAUAGUGAAGGUUCAAUGAAAUUGGCUUCCGAGGAAACGGAUACUGGAAGAACUCUUCCCUUUCCAUCAUCUGGAAUGUCAAAUACUUUUUCUUUUAAACUUGAAGAUAGGAAGGGCCGGAUGCAUCGAUUUUCUUGUGAUACUCGGAGUUUAACAGAUGUUAUAACAGCAAUCCUUCAGAGAAUUGGCGAAGAUAUUGACCGCAACAAACUGCCUCAGAUUUUGUAUGAAGAUGAAGACCACGAUAAAGUUGUUCUAGGAUCAGACAGUGAUCUUGCAGCAGCUGUAGAGCACGCAAGGUUGGCUGGGUGGAAGGGUCUGAGAUUGCAUUUGGAAUAUCCAGGAAGUCAUGGUCGUAGAAGGGGUUCUGGUGCAGCAAAUAUGGAUUAUGCUCAAAGAGACGCAUGGGCGUCGGCGUACAGUGCAGUUGCAGCUGGAGCCGCACUUGUUGCCGGGUUAGGCGUGUUAGCAUACCUGAGAAGAUCUGGUUUUGCAGCUCCAUGAAUUCGUGAUCUUGUGUAUGUGAAUCAACUUUCUACACUCCAUUCAUAAUUAUAUAGUCUCAGCAGUACACUGCUUGCUUGAUUUUCUAUAUGAUUGUUGAUGUAAUACACAAAACAAAUGAGAAAAAAAAAAGAAGCAAAAAAAGAAGGGAAAAAAAAAGUUGAUGAUCGAUGUCAUUACGCACUUAGGGCCACAAUGGCUGAAGAAAUAUGAUUACUUCUGUCGGUGCUUUGGUGUGAA